UGCCGACGAACGGAACGCAUCAUCCGCAAACCGUCACACCUUCGCCUCAGCGUUUGAGCGCGUUGAGAAGAUCGGAUCUGCUCUCGGACUGCAUUUUCUUGUUUAUUUCUCUUUGGGUGUUAGGGACAAGUCCCUUGAAGUACGUAUAAUUGUCUUUUACAAAAUGAGUGUGGAUCUCUAGUUCCGUGCCCCGGUUUUCCGUAGGUUCGUGCGGAUCAUCUUGUGAAGUAGUUUUAGUUCCCGUAGACUGUUGUGUUGUCUCCUUUUUCUGUUUCUUGGAUGCUGGAAUUUAAGACUGACAGUCCCGUUCUCUCCUCAUGCCCAUGAAAACAACUCUCGGAUGGUAAGGAUUCCAGAGAAUGGUAAAUGAUCGAUGGAAAAUCAUGAACAGUGUUUCAGAACUCGAGGAUGGACAGCAGCAUAAAUCGCAGAGGAUGAGCUGUAGCUAUCUCCUAUGCACCAUCCUGCUCUUUGUUGCUGUGUUACUGGCUGUCACAGUAACCGGGAUCAUCCUUCUGAUGAACCAUUACCAAGCACCCAGCGGCCCGGACGGCCCCCCUCUCAUCAGCACUAACCAGGAUGAGGGUAAUGCCCUGGUAACCAUCGAGAGAGGCGACGGCUCCCGCAUCAACAUCUUCAUUGACCCCAACUGCCCCGACUACAACAAUAACUUCCUGCGUCUGGAGGGUGUGCAGACCUCGCUGCUGCACUCGCUCACCGACCAUGACACUGAUCUGAAGUCAGUGAAAGGGCAAGAUCGGGCUCUGCUUGUUAAACUGGCCGAGGAGGUGGCCAAGCUGUCCGCCCAUGCCAGUCAGCUGAAGAUGGAGUACAAUGCACUGAGACAAGGCCAGAGCAACAUCGGACAGGAGCUCAGCACUCUGCAGACCGAACAGGGCCGGCUUAUUCAGCUGCUGUCGGAGAGCCAGAUCAACAUGGUGAAAGUGGUGAACUCUGUGAGCGAUGCGCUCAGCUCCAUGCAGAAGGAAACCGGAAACAUCAAGAGCCGUCUCAAGGCGGAUCUGCAGAGGGCUCCGGUGCGCAGCGUCCGACCCAAGGGCUGCGCCGGUGGAGAAGGUUCCAGACCCCGGGAUUGCAGUGACAUCUAUGCCAGUGGGCAAAGAGAGGAUGGUAUCUACUCCGUGUUCCCCACACAUUACCCAGCAGGCUUCCAGGUCUUUUGUGACAUGACGACUGAUGGGGGCGGAUGGACGGAAGAUAAGGACUGA